GACAGUGAUAAAUACGCCGACCUCUUGGUUUUCGGAUAUGCCUGCAAACUGUUUCCAGACGACGAAAGGGCUCUUUACCACGAACAUGGAAAGCAUCUUAUCCCAUGGAUGGGGGACAAGAGCAUCAUGAUUGAUAGGUCGGUUGAACAAUCUUAGACCGAAACAUUAUGCUAACCAUCUAUCCUGUCCGCUAGCCUGUUUCAAAGGGACCACAUGGAGUUUGUCUUGCAGACGCUUGGAAAUACCUGUACUGACGACCAAUGUGUUUAUUUCUUUGCCUGCUAACUUGUUUUGUUUUUCUGUGGAUGUUCCUGAACUGACUACAAAUGGUAUUUUAAGUUUCUAGAACACAUGCGAAGAUGCAACUACCUGCCUUUGCUGACAUGAGCCUUGAAGUGUAGCUGUCCACUCAGUUCAUGAGGGACAGCAGCUGAAACUAAUGCAACAUUUAGUGGGCAAAGUUUAAUAAAACCACUGCAGAACAACACAAAGCUUCACAAUCUUAAAGAAAAGUUGAUGACAGUUGUGUUUGACUGCAUUAGUUUGUGCUGUGUACCUCCUAAACUGACAGUAGGUCUUUUUUUAGAUGUAAAUAAUCACAUUUACUACGUAGGUUAGCUUUAAGGUGGUGUUUGCAUCUUGGCAUGUUGGGAGAAUUUCCUCUGGAAACUUUUAAUCCGAGGCAUACGUACUUGAUACCUUUAAAAUAAAACGACAGUCAAAAAUGGAGUGUGACACAGAAGAUGUCUCAUGCUUUCUGUCCUUUUUUUUUCCAAAUUGACUUUUGCCCGAAAACACCAACGUGUACGCAAAGCAGUUCACCUGGGAUUUAAUUUUGCUGUGCUGAUAUCCUAAAGGCCAGAGCAAAUUCUAACCAAGACUAAAGUUACUGCAGUUAAGGUGAUUUAAAAUAUCACAAUGCUGAUUUGACUAAAAAGGUGCUGUCAGCCUUUCUACAGAACGUCGCUGCAUGCGAUGGGGUGAUGUUUUAUUGCCACAUCUAUGCAGUAAGCAGUUGUAACCAAAUUCCAAUAGUGCAUUUAUUCUUUUGAAUCACCUUGAUCUGCAGUGGCCCCAACUUGUGUUUCAUUUGUACAGCCUUUUGUAUGUGUGUCUUUAUCACAUAACCCAGUUUUUCCCCCAGCAAGGUAGGCUAAGGGGUCCUGCCUAACCCCGAAUGCCAACCACAGGACCCCAUUUCUUUGCCUUCAUGAAGAAACUGCAACUGAGAGGUGGCGUAGAGGGACGAACCCUGGAAAAUGUCGUCCAUUUGGGUUCUUACGGAUAGAUACGAUGGGCGUGGUCACUUACAUGACCUCUCAGAGUAUGACAGUGGGUCAUGGAAUACAUCCUACCAGCUGUCGGAGGAAGAGGACAGGAUUGAGGCGCUGUGCGAUGAGGAGCGGUACCUGGCUCUGCACACUGACCUGCUGGAAGAGGAAGCAAGACAAGAGGAGGAGUACAAACGUCUGAGUGAGGCUCUGGCUGAUGAAGGCUCGUACAAUGCGGUGGCUUUCAAAUACAGUGCUGACUACUAUGACCCCUCUCAGCCCACAGAAGAGGAGGAUGCCAACAGGGAAACCGUAGAAGAGGCAGAGCCAGAGGAGAGUGAGGAACCGUUUGUUGCUCCCCCAGGGCUUGCUAUCCCUCCUGAUGUGGAACUGCCGGCAACCAUCAAGACCCAUAACAUCAUCGAGAGGACAGCCAACUUCGUGUGUCAGCAGGGGGCUCAGUUUGAGAUAGUUCUGAAAGCUAAGCAGGCCAGUAACUCCCAGUUUGACUUUCUUCGCUUUGACCAUUACUUGAACCCCUAUUACAAACACAUCCUACGGGCCAUGAAGGAAGGUCGAUACAACCUUGUCUCCGCCAGCAAGCAAGAACAGUCUCAGGACUCCCACUCGGAUGAUUCAGACGAGGAUGGGGAUGGCAGUUACCUACAUCCCAGUCUGUUUGCCCCCAAAAAGUGCUCUCGCCUGGAGGAGCUGGUGAAGCCUCUAAAAGUAAUGGACCCAGACCAUCCUCUAGCAGCACUUGUACGAAAAGCCAGGCAAGAAAAAAAUGGCACUGCAGCAAUGGCAACCAAACCAGAGGAAGUGCCAGACCCAGCUGCCUCUGGCACUCCAGCGCAGUACACUACUGACCCAAAUGCUGCAGCAAUGUACUAUGGGUACUACAUGCUUCCCGAUGGAACAUUCUGCUUGGCCCCGCCACCCCCAGGGAUAGAUGCCAGCUCUUACUACAACACUAUGCCCACAGCUGUCAUGGCUCCCCCUACAUCAUCUGGGGCAAUGCCUAAUCUGGCAACUACACCCACCCCCUCUGAAACUACCGCCAUGGCACCACCAGCUACAGCCCCUUCUCAGAUCACCAGCUCUGCCGCUCCUGCUGUUGUACCAGAACCCAGUUUGAAACCGCAAGCUCAAGUUUCCACGCAAGCACCACAAGCCAUCAUUCCCCCACCGCCUGACAUCCAGCCAGUCAUAGACAAGCUGGCUGAGUAUGUUGCAAGAAAUGGUCUCAAGUUUGAAGCCAGUGUCCGUGCCAAGAAUGAUCCACGGUUUGACUUUCUGCAGUCUUGGCAUCAGUACAACACCUAUUACGAGUUUAAGAAGAAUUACUUCAUGCAGAAGGAAGGAAAAUGCUUGCUAGAGAGUGAGGCAGUGGAUGAUGACGAUGAUAAUCUUCAAUCAGACGCGUCAUUGUCAGAGUCCAGGCUGACAAAAGCUUCUUUUGCACCCAUCUGUUUUGCCAUCAAGGCAAAGGAAAAUGACAUGCUACCACUGGAGAAGAAUAGAGUUCGAUUAGACGAUGACUCAGACGAGGACAAGUUGCUGGAAGAUCAAGGGUUGGAAGCUGUGAUGGACGGUGCAAACAUGGCUGACAAGGAGCCUCCUCCAAUCAGUGUGGUAGAAGAGAAGAGACCCUCUCUCAGUUUGGAAGAGUUGGAGGCAAAACAAGCCAAGCAGAAACUGGAGGAUCGUCUAGCAGCUGCAGCCAGGGAGAAGCUGGCCCAGGCAUCUAAGGAGUCCAAAGAGAAACAGCUACAGGCGGAGAGGAAGAGGAAAGCAGCGCUCUUCCUACAAACCCUCCGCGGGCCCUUUGCUGGGGAGCCUGAGGCCAAGAGAGCUGAGCUAGAUGCAUCUGCACAGCUUGAGAUGCAAGAAGCCCUCUCUAUUCUGUCGGACUCUGCACCUCCUCAGAUGUCCUCUGCGCCACCUUCAUAUCCUCAGGAACAAAGGCCUGCCGCGGAGAGCCAAGGAGCCCAUCGCAGCAGGGAGGCCCCAUCCUCCUCCUCCUCCUACACCACCUCCAGAGGACGAGACAGAGAACGAGACCGCGACAAAGACAGAGAUAGAGAUAGAGAUAGAGACAGAGACAGAGAUAGGGACAGAGAUAGAGACCGAGACAGAGAGAGGGACAGAGACAGAGACAGGAACAAAGGGAGGGACAAAGAUAAAAAGAAGAAAAAACACAAGAGGAGGUCGAGGUCAAGGUCGAAGUCGAAGUCAAAGAGCAAACACUCUCUUCCCAGUGCCUACAGGAGAAACCGCAGGUCCCGAUCCCGCUCACACUCCCCGGGGAGAAGGGACAGGAGGGGCCCCUCAUCAGAAAGGAGACGUGAAGAGAGAGAACGGGACCGCUAUCAUCCCAGCAGUAGCUCCAGCCUGCCCAGGGGGCAUUCGAGAUCCAGGUCCCCUCCUGACAAAAGGAAGAGCUCCUUGUCAUCCUCAGGACAGAUGCAAACUGUGGGUUCCUCGCUUUCUCCAUAUUGCUCACCCAGCAGAGUUUUGUCUCCAUCAGCUAGCCCCGCCUCCAGCCUGACCCACUCGAGGGGUGGUUCUCUGGAAAAAGACAAGGCAGUGUCCUCAUCCAUAGUAUCCUCUGUUCAGUCCAAAAUAACUCAGGAUCUGAUGGCCAAAGUGCGAGCCAUGCUUGCCACCUCCAAGACCUUUCAUCCUCCCAAUUCUUAAACAGGGCAUGGCUUUCUUCUAACGUCUGGCAUCCUCGGCCUUUUGGCGAGCGGCAUUCUCCAAUUUCCUGGAGAUUUAUUCGGCCUGGAUCUGUUUAAUCUCCCCGUGUUAAUCCUUGAUUUGUUAUUUCAUCUCGAUUUGAGUGUCAACAGAUUCAGUUUGGCUACAUGAUGUCUUCCGCAGCAUCGUGAGAGUAAAGGCAGUCAUUGAGCUGGAAUAUCUGGUUUCACACCUGACCUGAGAAAAGUCAUCAGCUGGGAGAUCAGGUCUGCAGUUGACAUGUUUUGGUUCAGGGAGAAUCAAAUGUGGAAG